UUUUUGGUCCAGUAUAAUCUCGUAAUUCAUAGAGAGGUCAAACAAGUAGACAUACGAGAGUUGGCGUCGUAUAGAAAACCGUACGAUCUUUCAAAAUUUGAUUACAAAUUCUUAAAAAUUCUUAAAGAUACGAGCGAUGAUCUUCUUAAACGAUGGUUGCCAAAGCUCUGCAAUAUUUUACUCACAGCUUCGAAGAAGGGAACUCUACCAUCUGUGAAUAAUCCGCAAUAUAAUAGAUUCUUCAAUUGCCUUGCCUACGUCAUGGAAAAUCAAUUGCGAGACUUGUGCUUACGUUCGAUGGAAGACUAUAUUAAUUAUCUCAAAGACGUUGGUUACACAAAUUGUGGCUUUAAUAUAAACGUUGUGGUACGAAACACAUCUAUCGUUUUUGAUCCUACAUUCAAAGGAUUUGCAAACGGCCUUUCAAUGUUGCUGAAUUCUCUUUAUGAUGCUGUAACAACAUUACCACGAGUGGAAGUAAAACUCAAGUGGAUUUAUCCGGAUAGUAGUUCCACUGAAUUGCUCACGGUAUACACUUUAUAUAAUAUUGAAUGGGUUAAAAAUAUCAUAUAAUGUUUAAAUAAAAUUAUUAAAUAA